GCGGCGACGCCCCCUCCCCUCGCGCAGCGGGCCUCCCCGCGCCGUGCACGUCCCAGUCCCGCGCCUCCUCCCCCUCGCCCGCUCCUUCCCGCCCUCUUCGCAGCGCCGGCCGAGCCGGCCUCUCCUCGGUCUCUCAUGAAUAUUGAGCGGCCCCUGUUGUAUUUCCCGAGCUCCAUUGCGGAAGCCAAGACUCGCCAUAUUGUGCGGCGGCGCCGGCGGCCGCGGCUUGCACCAGAGUCUCGCUCCGGCCGCGGCCAGCGGAGCCCGAGCUGGGGCAGGAACCGAGUCCAUCUUAGGAGUUCAGAGUAGGAGCUGGCUGUGGACUGGAGAAGUCAGGGGGCCUUUGUGAAAAGCAAUGUCUCAGGCUGUGCAGACAAAUGGUACUCAACCGUUAAGCAAAACAUGGGAACUCAGUUUAUACGAAUUACAGCGAACACCUCAGGAGGCGAUAACGGAUGGCCUGGAAAUUGUGGUUUCGCCUCGAAGUCUACACAGUGAAUUAAUGUGCCCAAUUUGUUUGGAUAUGUUGAAGAACACCAUGACUACAAAGGAGUGUUUACAUCGUUUUUGUGCAGACUGCAUUAUCACAGCCCUCAGAAGUGGCAACAAAGAAUGUCCCACCUGUCGGAAAAAGCUAGUUUCCAAAAGAUCACUGAGGCCAGACCCAAACUUUGAUGCACUCAUCAGCAAAAUUUAUCCAAGUCGUGAUGAAUAUGAAGCUCAUCAAGAAAGAGUAUUAGCCAGGAUCAACAAGCACAAUAAUCAGCAAGCACUCAGUCACAGCAUUGAGGAAGGACUGAAGAUACAGGCUUUGAACAGACUGCAGCGAGGCAAGAAACAACAGAUUGAAAAUGGUAGUGGAGCAGAAGAUAAUGGUGACAGUUCUCACUGUAGUAAUGCAUCUACGCAUAGCAAUCAGGAAGCAGGACCUAGUAACAAACGGACCAAAACAUCUGAUGAUUCUGGGCUUGAGCUUGAUAAUAACAAUGCAACAGUGUCAAUUGAUCCAGUAAUGGAUGGUGCUAGUGAAAUUGAAUUAGUAUUCAGGCCUCAUCCCACACUUAUGGAAAAAGAUGACAGUGCACAGACAAGAUACAUAAAGACUUCAGGCAAUGCCACUGUUGAUCACUUAUCCAAAUAUUUGGCUGUGAGAUUAGCUUUAGAAGAACUUCGGAACAAAGGAGAAUCAAACCAGAUGAACCUUGAUACAGCCAGUGAGAAGCAGUAUACUAUUUACAUAGCAACAGCCAAUGGCCAGUUCACUGUAUUAAAUGGCUCUUUUUCUUUGGAAUUGGUCAGUGAGAAAUAUUGGAAAGUGAACAAACCCAUGGAACUUUAUUAUGCACCCACAAAAGAGCACAAAUAAGCAUUUCCUAAAAACAAUUCUGAGAAUGAACUUUUUUAUAGCCUAUUUCUUUAAUAUUAAAGAUGUACCGUCAUUACUUUUAUGGACAGAAUUUUGGAUAUGUUGUUCAGUUUUCUUUCUGAGCCAGACUCGUUUACACUAUUAGAGUCUUUUCCUUUUAAUUUAAGAUUUUCUUUUUGGAAGUGACUGCAAUUAUUCUGUACUUUUUCUUUCCUUUAAAAAAAACUGAGUUGUGUAUUUUCAGAGUGUGGUUCUAUUUAGAAUCUCCUUCUGACCCAGGAAUUUUUCAUAGUUCUUUUUUCUUAAGUGAAAAUUAGUUUGCCAUCCUUCUCCCUGUGCCCUUAAAAAUAAGUUUUUUAGGCCUACAGAAUGUUAAAUAAUAUGUAUUGUGACUUUUUUUCCUCCAGAGUCUUGUAUAUUUAUAGUUUUCUAUAUGAACUAUAGUAUCUAAAUGAAGACCAAGGCUCAAAUUUACUGUGCUUUAAAACAAUUCUCAUAGGAUUAUUAAUUUCAUGGUAUUUUCUUCCAUAAUAUUUCAUUUUAAAAAGAGGUUCUUUCUGAACUUAUAUCCAUUGUCAUGCAGUGUUACUUUUUCCCAUUUUUUCUUGUAAUAAUUUUGGAAUUUCUGGUCCUGGGGAAGAGCAUCCAAACAUUCAUUUACAGAUUUCACUGGAGAAAAAUUAAAUUGGUUUUAUGUAGUUUUCAUGUGUUUAUCUAAAGAGGUCUUUUUGUAUUCUGUCACUUCAGUUCCUUAAUUAUGUGUGUUGAUGUUUUUGCCUCUUAAAAUACCAGAGAUAUGGAGAUUUGCACUUUAGCCUUGAUGAAAAGUACAAGAUGUGUUCACAGCUUCCCUAUUCAUUUCUUAUUGGUAGCCACAACAGUUUCAAGAAUAACAUGGCACAUAGAAGUAACAAUGGGGAAAAAAGUUUUGCUUUUGUUUGAAAAAUGUGUUCAGCAUUUUGGGUUGCCAUAUAAGUUUAUAAAUUUGAUGCUCUGCUGGUUAUACUCUAGAAAGAAGGAGGUUAACAGAGCUUGACCCUUGCCUUGAUAUGUAGUAAAAGAUAAUCUGUAGAAGAAUGCCAAGCAGUAGGGUAAAGUCAUUCAAUUCUUAAUUUAAUUUUAUGUGGAGAGGAUGGGGGGAACAGUCUUGGGUGUUUGGGAGCCAGAGGGCUUUAUCCUAGCAGGUCAGUUAAGAUAGACUUGUGUAUUAUUUUUCAUCUCUGUCCUGAUUCUAAUGGUAUGUUUCUAAGUUUGUAUUACCACAGUAUUUACAUAUAUAUGUUUGCAUUGAAAAUUAACCCCUAAAGGGUUUUUGAUGGGAGGGACUAGUCUUCCAGUAUCAUUGUAAUUAAAGCCUAUCUAGUCAUUGUAAAUAUUUAUCUGUCAAUUUUGACAGAUUGGGGCCAGCUUGAUGUUUUAAAUCUUCAGCCCAGUAUGAAAAUUUCAAAGGCUUAUUCAAUUUUUUAUCAUUUUAGUGAAAAUAUUUAAAAUCUGUUUUUACAGUUUUUUUGGUAAUCUGUGCCAUGAUAUUUGAAAACCACCAAAAAGUGAGGGAAACUUUGUAUUCAUUUCCUUUUUUGGGUAUAAUGUUAAGUUGUAUAGAUUAUUAAUGCAUGUCCACUGAAUAUAACCCUGGUUUUGUGAUAUAACUGCUUAGAUUUUAUUGAUGACAUUAGAUUAGUGGUUGCAUUAAAUAACUAAAUUCCCACUGUGAUCAUUAAUUGAAAUUUUGUCUUUAAGCAAAAAGUUAUUCGUGAAUAUAAGCUUUGUGCUUAGAGAAUGUGUGCGCGUUUAUCUGUCGGUAUGGGAGGAUAUAAACUCUUUGCAUCAUUAGUGAAUUCAUCGGAUGUGUAAUCCUUUGCAAAAUAUAAUUAUAGGUAUUUGAUAGAGCAUUGAGUAUAUUGUGUAUAUGUAUUUUUGGGGUUU